ACUUGAAAAGCAGGAGUUUCCAAAACUUAAGUUAAAAAAAAAUAUUAAAAGGUGUAGACAAAAUGGGACUCUUAACAACUGUGCAAGGCCUUGUAGACCAGACUAAAACUCUCCAUCAGGUAAACAGCACUUAAAGCUUUCAUCUUUGAGAAUGUGAGAGGUUGGGAGAAUAUCAGGUUCCACUUUUGCUUCUGAAAAAAUCAGCAGGUGUAUGCACAUUCUUUCACUGUGAGAAAGCUGCUUAAGGCUAUGGGUCUGAAAGCAUGUGUAGCUGUUAAGAAGGCAUUACUGCGAGAAUAAAAUAAAGCAGAAUAAUUGCACAAGAACACUGAAGCUGGACAUCUGAGACGUGGAGUAAGAUUUUAUGUGGUAAUGAGUCUUAAUGUGAGAUCUUUGAAAACAACAGAAGAUUAUGCAUGCAAAAUGAAAGCUUUUUUUGAACCCUGACUACAACCAUCAGUCAAGCAUGAUGGAGGGUCAGUUUAGGUAUGUAUAACAACAUCUGGAGUCUUUAAAGGCAUCAUACAUGCCAGUCCAUCACAGUUCAGACUUCUAACAAGCAUAAUAUAUAUAUUUUUUAUUUUCAUAGGUGGAUGCCAUGGGUGUGUGUUGUGUAGUAACCUCUGCAACAGUUCCUGCAGAUACCUUCAGAGGACAAACCUAAAAAAAGUCUAAUACAUCUUUUUAAAAACAGAAGAGGGUGUGGAUUCUCCUCUUUAAUCAUCUGCAGAGUAAGAUAAAACUGGGUUAGCAAGAAGUGUACCGCAAGAACUGACAGGGAAAUUAUCUCUCACAGCCAAGACAGUCCGAUGGUGUGACAAGAUCUCAGUUCUCCAUGAACUCUGCAGGGAGGAGACUGUGCGUGACGAUAUAAGGAGAGGAUGACUGACCAGAACACAGGAUCUCCAUAUAUAAUAUUCGUCCUGGUCUUUUGCUUUUUCAUCAUGGGCCUUUUGGGUUUUAUCAUUUGCCACAUGCUUAAGGAAAAAGGAUACCGCUGUCGUAGAGCUGAGUCUGAAAAUGAAGACUGUAAAAACACAUUUGGGCCAGACAGUGACGAUGAAUCCGAAGACAAUCAAGACACUGUAGAGAAAAUACUUAAAUGUAUUAUUGAAAAUGAAGCCAAUCUGGAUGCUUUCAGCGAAAUGUUGGGAAACCAGAAUCCUUCUGAACAGCGUGACCUAAGAUCACUACGCAAGGAGAGCUUGCAGGGCAUUCCCCUACAUCAUCAUACAAUCCACUUGGGAAGUAUUCAGAACUUUUGCCAUCACUGUGGGCAAGGUCAUCCCAAGAAAACUCAACGCAGAAACCACAUGGUCAGAAGCAAGGGCAGACCUGGAGAGCAGACUGUAUUCUCUGUAGGCAGGUUCCGCGUCACCCACAUGGAGAAGAAGAACAGUCUUCAAGACCCAACUAAUCUGCCUAUAAAUGAAUCAAGAGAUCAUCCGGAUCAUACAGCACCCCUAAAUUCUGAGACAAGAAUGAAAGAUACCCCUAAAACAAUUCAAGAGAGUUACAAUAUCCGUAAUAUGUUCAAAGGAAUUGAAGCAACUAAUGCCAUUGUACCAAAUGCAUCCAAGAGGAAGAAAAGUGUCACUCUCCUAGGCUUGCGUAAGGACAGUGAUACAGUGAGUUCAAAAGAGAAUCAGAGAACAGCUGAGAGAGACACCCUGCAUGAGACCUCUGAUCAGUUCCCUACUCCUUCAAAGCAAUGUUUAGGCUCAGAUCAGGUUCCUGAUACUAAUACAGAGGGCAUUUCACACAAAAAGUUUUUUAAUACAAAUUCUCUGAAGACCUUAGAGGAGAAAAUUAAUAUGCCACCAGAGAGUAAACAGGCUAAUAAAACAUCUUCAACCAAGUCAGAGAUAGAAGAAAUGAAGAUUGUUAAGGCCAGACCAGAUAGUCUGCGAGAAUUUUCCAUGGUACACGUGGAGGAAACCUCAAGUACAACUGCAGUCUCCGCUGAAGAACAAAGAGUUACCAUGGUACACGUGAAGUCUCUAGGGCAAUAGAGGUACAAUAACAAGUCAUGUGUGCUCAUGUGAAGUUUGAUACUGGUGUCAUUUGAGACUAAAACCACUCUGACAAAAAUAUGUAGUCAGCAAUACAAAUUAACUUUAGUAGUAAUAUAGAAUCACAUAUCACAGUUACUGGAAUGAUUGUAUGGAUAAAAUGGAUAUCAACUUAUAAACACUGAGCAGAUAGUGUUUCAUCACAGUGUAUUCACAUAUUUUAUGCUGCAGUCAACACAGUAAAACAUUACUCCUUAUGCACACUACUACUACUACUACUACUAGAAAUAGUAGUGGUUAAUUCUAACUAGAAUUACCUGCCUGAUGCCCCAUAUAGUACACUAAUAAGCAUAUGCAAUACACAAAUCAAUAGUCAUUAAUUACAAAGACCAGAUUAACUUCAUGUAUUUUUCACGGUUCAGGAAGCUAAUCUGACUGGAAAUUAGUUCUGCAUAAUGCUGCGUUUGACUGUUGGACUUCAAAAUAGGUACAAAUUAAAGUAAAUUCCUCCUCAACUGGCAAUUCCCACUUGGAAGUUUGGAAUGGUGUUCUGAAUUCUCAUUAUUUUUAUGAUUGGCUAAAGCUGUAACAACGUCCUUAAAGAUGUGUUGAGAAGGUAAAUAUCAUGCAUGUUAGUCACUCAUAUAAAUUACAUUAGCCUGCAAGUUUGUUGCUCGUGCUUCCAUGAGGUAUCUAUGCUUUUCCCACUUUGUCACUCAGAAAUGCUGUUUUGAGCUCUGACUUCUGAGUCAAACACAGUAUAACAUUCAAAGUUUUUUGUUUUUUUUUCAAAAAAGUGCUUAACUUUGGAAAAUUAUGCUUUUUGUAGUUGAUCAGUGGACUAGGUAGAAUGUUGUCUUUUAGCAAACAUUUUUUAAUUGAAAAUAUAGUUUUAAAAUAUAGUUUUAAUAUUUGUUUUAAAUAAAAUACAGUAUUCCUGAAAAUAUCUAUCACAUAUAUAAUCACUCUAACCUAGCUCUGUAUUUUAAAGAUAUUUUAAAAAUUGCUUCCUAUAGGUCACUCCUAACAGACUACAUAAAAACAGCAGGCAUUAUUAAGCAUGUUACACGUUUUUUGUGCCAUACAGAUGACUAUGGUUCAGCUCUCAAAAGGUUUGUACAACAAAUUCACGACGUGUGACUUAAGCAUCUUUAUUUAUUGCAGUACAUGCAGCAAUACAAUUCCUCUGUCACAUUUAAAUUGAUUUCUCUACCAAAAAACUCAUUCUACUCACUUAUAAGAUCACCAUCAACUUUGUUGUACUAAAUACUAAUGAAUAAUUUAUUGUAACUCAUUUACCUUUAUUUACAUCAUUUUUAUUUACAUUUUUACAUCUUAUAUUUUCAUCUUAAAAUACUAACAAUACUAAACAGGAGUUAACAGGAAUAAUAUCAUGUAUUUUCUGAUGCAUAUUCAGUAUAUCAGUUUCUUGCUCUUAAUAGAGGCUGAUUUUGUUCCAUUGUCACUGAAAUAAAUCUGCAUUUUGCAAUACAUAUUAUAGAAUAAUACUUACAUAAAUUAAAUUUUGCAAACAGUGUAUAAAGGCAGAGCAGUUAGGUGCUUUAUGACAAAAUUCUGUUGCAUUAAAUACACAGGAAAAUAUUUAGUGCCAAUUUGAUAAACAUCAUAACUGUAAGUCACAAGACACGAAAACAAGAGCAGCCAGUCAGACUCCUGCUGUGCGUGACAUGCGAGACACAAACUCGAUAGUUAGCUCAAACUCCUCAGUGAGUGAAUAGUUAAUAAAUAUUAGAUAAAUAUUGGAACAGUCAAUAGUAGUGCUACACAGUUCUCAAUCCUUUCUGAGCCAUGACCCUCUAAAAAUGCAGUUUGUGGUUUGAAAAAAUGAAAAAGCAACUAUCUGUGUUUGGCUGUGUUUUAAUUUGAGUUAUUGUAAAUAUUUUAAAAAUCUGACAGCUGAUGGCUGUGUCUGCUUUAUUUGCUUUAUUUUAUGAGAAAUUACAACAGCCAGAAAAACCUUCUCAUAUGAGGUAACUGAAUGGUAUGAGUAGCAGACCUUUUUUGAUAAACUAACACUCCAUUUUUAGGUGUUUUGUAGCAUAGAAAGUAAUGUUGAUAUAAGAACAAGUUAGGAAAAGCUACUCUGAAAAAUGACAUCAAAACGAUAGAUGGACAUGUCACACAACACCCUCUUAUUUUGCACCAGUGCAAAAAAAAGGCAAAAAGGACUAAACAUCAUCAUCAUGGAGUGGCAGGUGUAAAUUAGGAGAGAAAAGAAGAAUGAAAAUGUUGAAAAAACAGAAAUGUUUUCAGGUUCCAACCUUGAUAGAGGAUGGGGUGGAGUCAUGGAGAGAUAAAAAAAAAACUGAAUUAAAAAUCAGUGAAAAAUGGUUUGCUGACUCUUAAUUGUAUCUGUUUAAAUGCUUGUUUAUUUCUGACAUUAACUAAAGAAAUAUUUUGGCUCCAUACUUCUACUUAUAAUUGCGUAAUAUUUUUGGUGCAGUACCCAUACUUUCACUUAAGCAUUAUUUCUCAAUACUUUUCCGACCCCUGGUCAUAUGAAUGAUUUUGUGUCAAUAAAGCUACAAUAUGUAAAUCUUUUAGGUUUUAUAAAGCAUUAUUUUCUUGUUAUUAUGCUUAUUUCCAUAACAGCCAAAUCACCACAAUUGUGCAGAAUCAUGCAGGAUCACAAAUCAUGAUGUUUAGCUGAUUUAAUUGAAUCAUAUAUAUAUAUCAUACUUUCUAGUUCUACAAUUACAGAGAGUCAUCAAUGUCUUUAUCUGCAUACUUUUUUCACCCUGUUCUUCGUUGGUCAGCAAAGGAGAUGUACUUAUGAUGUGUACUUGCAUGCACAGCUCCCAGUAAAGGUUUCAGUGCUCUUUGGAAAGAGUUCUCAAUGCAAAUAGACCUAUAUGAUAAUUACACUCACAGUGAGCAUCAUGUGGAUGUUUUUUUAUUAGUAUUUUUAAUGAUUAUACACACAUGUAAAAACAUACAUAUGGCCAAUGUCAGAAUAAAUUUUUCAUUCUUCGUU